AUGAAGGCAAGGCCACACAAGGUGGAUGGAAGGGUUGUGGAACCAAAGAGGGCCGUCUCAAGAGAGGAUUCUCAAAGACCUGGUGCCCACUUAACUGUGAAAAAGAUUUUUGUUGGUGGCAUUAAAGAAGACACUGAAGAACAUCAUCUAAGAGAUUAUUUUGAACAGCAAGGGAAAAUUGAAGUGAUUGAAAUCAUGACUGAUCGAGGCAGUGGCAAAAAGAGAGGCUUUGCUUUUGUAACCUUUGAUGACCAUGACUCUGUAGAUAAGACUGUCAUUCAGAAAUACCACACUGUGAAUGGCCACAACUGUGAAGUAAGGAAAGCCCUAUCUAAGCAAGAGAUGGCUAGUGCCUCAUCCAGCCAAAGAGGUCGAAGUGGUUCUGGAAACUUUGGUGGUGGUCGUGGAGGUGGUUUUGGUGUGAAUGACAGCUUUGGUCGUGGAGGAAACUUCAGUGGUCGAGGUGGCUUUGGUGGCAGCCGCCGUGGUGGUGGAUACGGUGGCAGUGGGGAUGGCUAUAAUGGAUUUGGUAAUGAUGGUGGUUAUGGAGGAGGAGGCCCUGGUUACUCUGGAGGAAGCAGAGGCUAUGGAAGUGGUGGACAGGGUUACGGAAACCAGGGCAGUGGCUAUGGUGGGAGUGACAGCUAUAACAACGGAGGAGGCGGAGGCGGCUUUGGCGGUGGUAGUGGAAGCAAUUUUGGAGGUGGUGGAAGCUACAAUGAUUUUGGCAGUUACAGCAAUCAAUCUUCAAAUUUUGGACCCAUGAAAGGAGGAAACUUUGGAGGCAGAAGUUCUGGCCCCUAUGGUGGUGGAGGCCAAUACUUUGCCAAGCCCUGAAACCAAGGUGGCUAUCGUAGUUCUGGCAGCAGCAGUAGCUAUGGGAGUGGCGGAAGGUUUUGAUUACUGCCAGGAAACAAAGCUUAGCAGGAGAGGAGAGCCAGAGAACUGACAGGGAAGCUACAGGUUACAACAGAUUUGUGAACUCAGCCAAGCACAGUGGUGGCAGGGCCUAGCUGCUACAAAGAAGACA